AUGAGUAGUGGAGGACUGGUGGCGGCAUUGUCCGGUCUCGAAUCCAACUCAUUCAUUUGGGUCGGAUGGAUUGGCACCGACAUUGACGAAUGCGACAAACAGGCCGUCACCGAUAUGUUGUUGGAACAACAUAAUUGCAUACCUAUAUUCCUCGAUCCUAAACUGUCCGAUGACUACUACAAUGGCUUCAGUAAUGCUGUGCUCUGGCCGUUGUUCCAUUAUCUGCCACUAGACCUAGAGUAUGAUGAUAACCUGUGGCUGGCCUACCAGGCGGCCAACCAAGAGUUUGCCAAUGUCCUUCUGCCGAUCGUCAAGCCCAACGACUUGAUCUGGGUGCAUGACUACCAUCUGAUGUUGUUGCCAGAGCUGAUAAAGAGAGAGCAGCCAGAGGCUCGCGUGGGCUUCUUCCUUCACAUCCCAUUCCCAACGAGCGAGAUAUUCCGAGUGUUGCCCUGCAACAAAGACAUCCUAAAGGGCGUGCUCCAUGCCGAUCUGAUCGGCUUCCACACCUAUGACUAUGGCCGCUACUUCCUAAAGUCUUGCACACGUCUUGUGGGGGUGGAGACUGCGCCCAAUGGAGUCUACUUCAAGGAACGAUUCGUACCGGUUGGCGUGUUCCCUGUGGGCAUCGAUCCAGACAAGUUCAUCAUUAGUCUACAGUGCGAGAAGGUGAACGAGCGCAUUGAAGAGCUCAAGAAGAACUUUAAAGGCAAGAAGAUCAUCAUUGGUAUCGACCGACUGGACUACAUCAAGGGACUGCCCAACAAGUUGCAGGCGAUGGAGUGUCUAUUCCAAAAGUAUCCACAAUGGAAGGACAAGUUGGUGCUGAUCCAGGUUGCAGUGCCCUCACGCCAGGAUGUGGAGGAGUACCAGAAGCUCAAACAGAACGUCGAGGAGUUGGUUGGUCGCAUCAAUGGCCUGUACGGAUCACUUGGACACCAGCCCAUCCACUACCUAUUCAAAUCAGUUGACAUGAAAGAGUUGACCGCCCUGUAUAAUAUAGCCGAUGCCGCACUGAUCACUUCCAUUCGCGAUGGAAUGAACCUUGUGGCCCAUGAGUAUGUCACUUGUCAGACUGGAGACAAGGGUGUACUAAUCCUUAGUGAGUUUACUGGUGCUGCACAAUCAUUACCAGGUGCAAUGAUCAUCAAUCCAUGGAACUCUGAGGAUGUGGCGGAUGCCAUUCACAACUCGUUGAUGAUGUCACCUGAUGAGAAGGAGGUGAAGCAUUCGAUGCUCUUCAACUUUAUCCUAGGCCACACUGCCAGUCAUUGGGGUAAUGGAUUUGUCCGUGAACUAAUUCGUGCAGGUGGUCAUGCCGACAAGUUGAGCGCGACUCCCAGACUGAACAUCGAGAGUGUGAUCGAGUCCUACCGAUCAAGCACCAAUCGUCUCCUUGUCCUGGCGUAUGAUGGUGCAUUGGUGCCACUGUCCACCUUCCCAGCCAAUGCAGCACCUUCAAAGGAUCUGUUGCAAGUACUCGGAGAGUUGUCCAAGGAUCCAGCCAACCAUGUAUUGCUCCUGAGCAGUCGAGACAAGAAGACGCUGGGUCAAUGGUUCGAUGGACUACCAAAUGUUGGACUGUCUGCAGAGUAUGGCUCGUUCAUUAGGAGUGCCGGCGCCACAGAGUGGGAGCAGACAGGACCAUCAUUGGAUGCAUCUUGGAAGGACAAAGUGCGUCGCAUCAUCAACUACUACGUCCUUCGCACGCCUGGCUCCUAUAUCGAGGAGAAUGAAACAUUGUUGACUUGGCACUAUGGUAACGCUGAUCCAGUGUACGGUCAGAUCCAAGCACGAGAGCUACACCUAAAUCUUGACAACCUACCAUUCGAGGUGAUCGUCAGGCGAGACAAGUCAAUAGGCGUACGUCCACUCCAUAGUACCUCCUCGUCUGCACUGAUACGUAGUGUCAUCCAGCAGAAACAACAGCAGCAACAACAACAACAACAACAACAGCGAGAGGAUGAUCUUCAGAUUGUUGUAGGAGAUGAUGAACGUGCUCAAGUGCAGGCAUUGGAGUGUGGACUUGACUUCUUGCUGGUGGUAGGCGAUCCCAAUUCACUCAACAAGGAGGUGAUGCAGAUUGUCUCGAAGGAGGGUGCCAACACUGUACCAAGUGUCUAUACAGUAUCCGUUGGAAAACGAACAACCAAGGAUCAGUUCUACCUCAUUGACGACUACGAAGUACGACUGUUACUUGAGCAACUGAGUAAUGCAAGACGCGAAGAGCAUCCUGAAUAA